AUGACUCCAUCACCGACUACACCACAACACUCGAGAAACUCGUCAGCUGUUGAUAGCCUGCACAACUAUUCUCACGCACGAAGACAAUCCAGAUCUUCUAUUAAUGACCCCGCGACCCCGUUUUCGAAUGACCCAAGCCAUCAGGAUAGCAUAGACCUUGGUGUCCUAGCUAGCGGAGGCGCUCCCGGCAUGGGAAAUUUAGCAGACGAACUUGCUGAUGCAUUUUCUGACUCAAACGACGACGAGGAUGGGGAAUAUGGGGACCAAGAAAACACUUCACAAUCGCGAAACGCUGGAACGCAGGGAGCCACGGCCGACGGUAUAGGAGAUAAAGGAGCUGGCUACAAUUCUACACCGACUAAGGAUAUUGCCAGUGGAAAUGAAAACAGUAGUGGAUUGCUUUCGCCACACGGCAGAGGCCACCAGAGGAAAAUCUCAGAAUACGACGGCAGCGAAUAUGGCUCUGAGUCAGACCUAGACGCUGCAGGCAUGCCGCCAACCUUAAUCGCCAAAAUCGAUGCAAUCGAGUCUCUCACUCGGAGGGGCACAGAAAAGUAUGGUGGCCCCGGUGAUGAAGUAUUCCAACGGGUGACAGACGGUCUUCGAGACUUGGGCCCGCAGUCAACUGUUGAAGGAAAUGCGUCCAGGUGA